AUGACUGCAGAGUGUCGACAAGCAACAAAUAAUUGUGGCCUUUUUACUUCUGAUAGACUGGCAGAAAUAUGGGGCAAUACUUCCACAGAUGUUGAAAACAACAAAACCAAAAAUUUUAUUAAUAAUGAUUUUGAUUCCUUAUCUUCGUCUUUUGAUGGAUUUUCUGAAUUAAAGAUUUCCUCCUCUCCUCCACAUUUUUCUACCCUUUUAAAUUCAUCAACACAACCAAAUAAAUGUUCUCAAAAAUUGGCUCAAAGUCGUUUAUAUUCGUGUUGGUCAAUGCCUGAACAACAAAAACAACAAAAUUGUUUUGAAGAAAAAGAAGGAAAACAGUCUUGGAGGAAUAUUUGGGAUUGGGUGCAAAAUAAUGGAGAUAAUAUUAACAACAAAAUGGAAGGAGCAACAAUUCUGGUUUCUGAUCAACAAGGAAGAAAUGAGAAUUCCUUUACUCCCGCUACCUACAAAAUUCCAGAAAAGUUUGUUGCUGAAAAUAUAAUUGAUCAGCAACAACAACGUUCUAAUAGUAAUACAAGUUUUGAGGGAGGCUCUUCAAGUAAUAAUUCCUUUACUUCUUCACUUUCUGCUAACGACAACAAUUUUUAUUUUCAAAAACAAACAAAUGAUUUGGAAGGAUAUAAUAAUUAUUGGGAAAAUAAUUCUUCUUCUUUUGACCAAUCUUUGGCAACAACAAAAUCAGCAACACUUCCCCCACAACCUCUUUCUGCUUUUCGUCCAUUUCAUCAACAACAAAAGCAAAAAUCGCUUUGGUCAGAACAAUUGGAAGACAAAAAAGAAUUUGUUUAUCAACAAAAACAGCAACAACAACAAUAUUUUGAUAAUCAAAAUUUGAAAGGAUUUGGAUCUUGGCCUUUAAUGAACAAUUUUGAACAACAAAAACUACAAUUUCAGAAUGGGGAUGAAAUUAAGCGUCCAAUUCCAACACGUUUCCGUCCAAUCAUUGGGCAACGACCUUAUACUGAAGAAAAUAAUAAUUUACAACCUGCUCCUUUAUUCAAUGCUAAUUCUUUUGUUAGUCAAACACCCCAACAAAAACAACAAAAAGAACAACAACAUUUUGUUAAUUCUAUUAAUUCUUCCCCAAUUUCAACAAAAAAAGAAGAAAAUAAAACAACAAUUCCUUUGAUUUCUUCCCGUUCAAAAAGUAAUAGUUGUGAUGAAAAUGAACUUCGUUUAUAUCAUAAACAUUUGGAAUUACAACAACAUAUUUAUGAACAUGUUUAUUCACAAAUGAUUGGGAUAAUUAAUUCUACUAAUGGAGGAGUUCAACAGAUAAACAAUUCCCCCCAACAACAACAAACGCCUUUAAUUUUAAAACAACAACAAAAUCAAUUUAAUGAAUUAAAUGUUUGUUUAGAAGAAUGUUCAGAACAAUAUAAACAAUUAGAAAAAGAAAGGAAAAAAACUGAAGCAGAAUUAGCUCGACAUAAUUUGGGGAAAAGAAUUAGUUCUGCAAAUAAUUUACCAAUUCCAAGAUUGCCUCCAGCACCAUCUCGUGUUGAUCGUUUAAUUGUUGAUUUUUUUCGAGAACAUGCAAGAAUGGUAACUUUGUUAGAAAAAAUGGAACAAUUAAAAGAAGAUUUAAUAAAUGAAAAUAUUCAUAAAAUCCAUAGAGAAUUUUUGGAUUCAAUAAAAAUUUUACAACAAACGAGGCUUAAUGAAAGAACUGCAAUUUUACAACAAUUGAGAGGAGGUGGAGGAGGAGGACAUUAUGACGAGAAAAGAGAAACUGCCAACCUACUAAAUGCAUUGAAAGUUGUUAGUAAAGCUGUUUUGCGUAGUAGAAGUGCUAAUUGGUGUUCAUUAAUUUGGACAAUAGGUGCUGAUGGACCUCAACAAAAAGAUGAAAUGGAAAAAAUUGUUGAAAAUAAUUAUGAAUUGGCACCUCCAGAAAUUAAAUUAAGACCGUUAUAUAAUUUUUAA